GCCACAAGCGACAACUUUACCUUCCACUUCAGUCGUCAACUGCUUAGCGGCCAGGACACACAUCUAGUCAGCUCGGAGUAAAUCAGCGCCAGCGUAAAACCGAGAUGAUACCACUCAGCGAGAAUCCUUUUUCAAUCGAAGAUACUUACGUGGAGGAGCCACAGUCCUCAGAGCAUUGCGGAAGUAGUCGUUGUGGGCAGCCCCAAACUGCGUACGUGGUCUAUCACAGAAUCCUGCAACGAUUACAAGCCCAGGAGCACAAGUCCUCCACAGAACCUAAUGAAAAGGAGCUAAGGAAACAGAUCUGGAUAGCCAGCUUCACCGGGAGGCCCUUGCAAUAUCAAUGUUAGUUGAAAGUCGGAAAACCUUUGUUAGAUAUUAAAUAAAAACCCACGGAAAUACAACCAAUGAUAAACAGACA